AUGGCUACCCAAAGGAGACACUUGGUAAAAGAUUUCAAUCCUUACAUCACCUGCUGUAUCUAUAAAGGGUAUCUGAUCAAGCCAACUACAGUGACGGAAUGCCUCCACACCUUCUGUAAGACCCGUACCGUCCAGCACUUUGAAGAUAGCAAUGGUUGUCCAAGGUGUGGCAACCAGGUUCAUGAGACAAACCCAUUAGAAAGGUUGAGCUUGGAUAACACAUUAGAGGAAAUUAUAUUUAACUUGGUCCCUGGACUACAAGAACAAGAACUUGAGAGUGAAUUUUGGAAGAAAAACAAGCCUCAAGAAAAUGGACAAGAUGAUACUUCAAAAGUUGACAAACCUAAAGUAGAUGAAGAAGGUGAUGAAAAUCAAGAUGAUAAAGACUAUCACAGCUAUCACAGAAUUGACCCACAAAUUGCUAUAUGUCUAGAUCGUUUACGAAAUAAUGGACAAUCGGACAAUGCAGUAAAGGGUUUAAUGAAGGAAUUCAUUUGGUUUUCUACACGUGUAACUGUGGGAACUAUUAAAAUUUUUCUAAGUUUAAAACUAAAACUUCCAAGUUCUUAUGAGUUGGAUGUGCUGUGCCAUGGUGAAAUUAUGGGGAAGGACCAUACUGUGGAGUUCAUCGACAUGACAAGAUGGCGACUAAGAGGCGAAAAUUUUCGGUGUCUGAACUGCUCAGUUUCACAAGUCUGCCCUCAGGAUGGCCCUUUGUAUCAGUCAUACCCCAUGGUAUUGCAGUAUCGACCAAGAAUUGAUUUCGGUUAGACCAAGGGGCCUAGAUCCCACUGAAUGAAUCCUGCACUAUGAGUUUACUCAUCAACAGA